AACGCUGCGCGAUGACAGUUCAAAAUGAGCAGCCAAAAGAUUGGGAUCGUGGGCAGUGGACUGAUCGGCAGGGCGUGGGCGAUGCUCUUCGCGGCAGCUGGCUAUCGUGUCCAGCUAUAUGACAUCUUGGAGAGCCAGUUGGCCACUGCGCUGCAGGAGCUGGACAAGGAUCUGCAUCGUCUGGAGGAGCAGGGUGCGUUGCGGGGCCAUAUUCGGGCCUCGGAGCAGUUUGCCCUGAUCGGGGUCACCACUCGACUAGAGGAACUAACCAGGGAGGCGGUGCACAUACAGGAGUGUGUGCCCGAAGUUUUGCAACUGAAGAAGAGGCUGUACUCCCAGUUGGAUGAGCUGCUGGAGGAGCAAACAGUGGUGGCCAGUUCCACGAGCACCUUCAUGCCAUCGCUGUACAGCGAGGGGCUUAAAAAGAGGAAACAGAUGCUAGUGGCUCAUCCACUGAAUCCGCCGUACUUUAUACCCCUGGUAGAGAUUGUCCCAGCUCCCUGGACAUCCCCGAGUGCGGUGGAGCGAACCCGUGACCUAAUGCUCAGCCUGGGCCAACGUCCGGUAACUUUAAAAAGAGAGAUUCAGGGCUUCGCCACAAAUCGGAUUCAGUAUGCCAUCCUGAACGAGGUGUGGCGCCUAGUGGGCUCCGGUAUCCUCAGCGUGGCCGAUGUGGAUCGAGUUCUCAGCCAGGGCUUGGGAUUGCGAUAUGCCCUGCUGGGAUCCCUGGAGACGGCACAUCUGAAUGCGCCUGGUGGUGUGGCUGACUACUUCCAGCGUUUUGGCGGGGAAAUCUCUGCGGUGAGUGCCACCUAUGGAGAGACCCCGAAUACACAGGAGGAUCGGGAAACGCUGGCGGAGAUUGCACGGCAGUGCGAGCAGCUAGUGUCGCUGGAGAAACUCGACGAGAGGCGGGCCGUUCGUGAUGAAUUCCUCAUCCAGCUGGCCAAGCUGAAGAAGCAGUUUGAAUAGGAUAUUAAUUGCUGCGUUUGUGAUGUUCCCUGAAUAAACUACGAGCCAACUUAAUGGCCCUGCGUAGUCUUA